GGAAAUUGAAGAAUAUGUUGUGCCGUUGCCUAGAUGAUUUCCAGAUGAUAAGAAGUUUUCCAGUUACGUCGGUAGGCGGCUGAGUAUAAGAGAUCUCUCCUUCACUUUUAUUCUUCCCUGUUCUUCAGAAUACUGCUACAGACUACAUACUAAACACUAUACUAAUCAGACACCAAAUAUGAAGUUGACAUGGAAAAGGAGCGAAAGCAGCAAGAAGCGCCCCAUAUCUCACUUCCCCAAUCUCCCUUUCAGCGACGACGCCUCGGAAAAUCUCAGCGUCGAAGUUUCUUCGUUUCCGAAGGAGGAAUCGCCUCCUAACGACGACGUUCAGGAGAAGACGCCCGCCCCAAUUCUCAACGGUGAUGGGGAAACCCUCAGACUCGCCGACUCCUUUCAACAACAAGGAAAUAAACUCGCUGAGGAUGGGAAAUAUCGUGAGGCACUAGGGAAGUGGGAAUCUGCUCUUGUAUUGAUGCCAGAACGAGCUGUUAUACAUGAACAAAAGGCUCAGAUUUUGCUUGAACUUGGAGAUGCAUGGAAUGCUUUGAAAGCCGCAACACGAGCUACUGAACUGGAACCAAAAUGGGCUGAGGCAUGGAUCACACUUGCUAGAUCACAACUAAAUUUCGGAGAGCCUGAUAAUGCAAUUGAAAGCUUUGAUAAAGCGCUUGCUAUUCAGCCAGAUUCAGUUGAGGCACACAGUGAUCGCAAGACUGCAUUAGCUCUUGUGAAGAGGCGAAAACUUGUUCAUUCAUCAGGCCGCAGCAUGGACCAGCACCGCUUUGCAGUUGGUGAUAAGACUGAAAGCUCCUGAGGAGUCGGGAAUUUGUGUAUAUAUGCAUGCUUUGUUCCAGUCAACAACUAGUGUGAAGUUCUUAUGGAGUCGUCAUUUCGCUUCAAAGAUCUGUGUAAACUACUAGUGUCAGACCUGAAGGAAUUAAGGCAAUCUGUUCUGUGGUUUGGCCGGAACUCCGGCGAGUUUGAUAUGAGAUGUAGUAGCUGGCCGGCAAUCACAAAGAGUAUACCUGUAAUCUUAGGUGAACGUAUCAGUUAUCAAGCAUUUGUGUUGUAUGUUAUCCGAGAUUAUGCUAUAGAAUUCAGAUUUGAAAAGUACAGAAUCUUAUCUUUUUGACCUU